AUGAAGAGGAAACCUUCAUACAUUCCACAUGAGACUUUUGCCUUUCUUGAGAACAGUCCACGACAAAUCACCAGACCAAGAAAUCAUUCAGGGACCACAUACGCAAAUUUUCCAAAAAGGAAUGCAGAUUGUCCAGUGUACUUAGGAAAUGCUAAUGGCAGACCAGAGAUGUACACUCAGGAAAAUGAUGUUCUGCAAAGAAAUACAAACCCAUCGAAUAGGUGCAAGCCAAGAAGACCUGCACUUAAGGACAUUUCAAAUGUUGCAACAAAUUUGGAAACUGAAUUCCAGAACUAUACUAGGCCUGGAGAACUUGAGUUCAGGAACAGUGUAGUUAGGCGAAGAAGCAGUAGAUUAGUAGCAUUUGAGAAUCUCAAUCAACGUAAUGAAGGCCCUGUACUAACAGAGGAUACUGUAGAUGUUGUUGUAGAAAAUGCUGAGGCACGGUAUAGGAAUCUAAGCUUUUGUUUUGACGGACCUUGUGACACUGGCAGUGAAGUUAGUAUAGAUGAGUAUGAUAAUGGUGAUCAAACUUCAAAUGCCUUAACAUUCAUUGAACCUGACCAUACAUCUGUGAAGGCGCACAAUGGUCAAGCCACACAUAGCCAAGGUGAUCAAACUUCAAAUACCUUAACAUUCAUUGAACCUGACCAUACAUCUAUGAAGGCGCACAAUGGUAAAGCCACACAAGUUGCAGGAUACGUUGAUAUAGGGGAUCCUACAUUUAAAUGCCAAAGAUGUGGUGCACUAAUGUGGUUCAAUGAGAAAGUUGGAUCAAACAAGUAUGCUAGAAACCCAUCAUUCUCAAUGUGCUGUCUUAAAGGAAAAGUUCAGCUUCCUCCUCUAGCACCUCCUCCAGAUCAGUUUGUAAGAUUAUUUUUUGAUAAGAAGACACCAUCUUCAAGAAACUUCCUCACAAACAUAAGAACUUAUAACAAUAUGUUCUCCUUUACUUCUAUGGGUGGUAAAAUUGAUUACUCAAAGAACUCUGGUGGUGGUCCCUAUUCAUUUGUUUUGUCUGGCAUUAACUACCAUAGGAUUGGAAGUUUAUUACCUCCUAAAGGAUCAAAGCCUGUUUACUCCCAACUGUACAUAUAUGAUACUGACAAUGAAGUAUGCAACCGUAUAUCUGCUAUAAGUACAAGAACGAAGGAUGGGCAAAAUUACAAUUUGCCGUCUACUUCAGAGGUUGCUGCUUUAAUUGUUGGUGACAUUGAUAUGAAUUUCGGUAGAAGAGAUGUUAUAGUUCACAAGUUGUCAGGCUUGCCACAACGUAUUGAUGAAUUGCAUCCUUCCUAUCUUCCACUCCAAUACCCAAUAUUAUUUCCUAGAGGUGAGGAUGGUUAUCGUGACAAUAUAGAACAUCGUGAAGAGACUCUUUCUAAUACUAAGAAGAAAAAGCGGGUUAGUAUUAGAGAGUAUUUUGCAUAUAGGUUGAUGAUGAGGGAAAAUGAGAUGUCAACCAUACUUCAUGCAGAGAAGUUAUUCCAGCAAUUCAUAGUUGAUGGUUAUACCAUGAUAGAAGCUCAAAGGUUAUUAUGGGUCAAAAUGCACCAGAAGGAACUUAGGGCAGAUUUGUAUCAGGGAUUGACAGAUGCGCUAUUAACUGGAGAAAGAAGUGCAUCGUCCACAGGGAAGCGUAUAAUUCUUCCAUCUUCCUUCACUGGAGGGGCACGAUAUAUGGUUGGCAACUAUAAAGAUGCAAUGGCUAUUUGUAGAUGGGCAGGUUACCCGAGUAUUUUCAUUACAUUUACAUGUAAUCUAGCUUGGCAAGAGGUCACACGAUUGAUGGAAAAUGAAUCAUUAUCUAGUGCUAACAAGCCGGAGAUACUGUGUAGGGUUUUCCAUAUAAAGCUUAAGGCUCUAAUGGAUACAAUCAAGAAGAAGAAGAUAUUUGGUACUGUUAUUGCAG